UUAUCUUUAAUUUUAUCUCAGAUCUAUUAUUCUUUAGUGAUAGACCUAGAUCCAAACGACAGCGUUUAAUCGGAUCAAAUUAGGGUGGUGAAUUUUAGGGUUUUGGUUAUUGAAUCACCGAUCUGGUUGUAUACUUAUAUAUAAUUAUAUCAUCAGUUGAUAUUGAAUCACUUAGGGUUUCUAAUUUUAUGCUUAUGUGGAAAAACGACGUCGUUGAUGAUUCCGGUGGGAAGGUGGUGGUGAGGUGUGUUUCCACCGGCGGCUCAUGUGGCCGGUCCCGCCGUCUCUAAUCGCUUCCGUCAAUUCAUCCGUAUUCAUUGACUCUUACUCUUUCUCCAAAGAUGGACGUAAGCUUCAUGUUGGUGAGUGUGCACUGUUUCAGCCAUCGCACGAUUCGCCUUCAUUUGUUGGAUUAAUUCGUAGAUUAAUAGUUGCUAAAGAGGAUACUCUUAGCCUGAGGGUGAAUUGGCUUUACCGACCUUCUGACGUGAAGCUUCCGAAAGGUACUUCUCUGGAAGCAGCACCAAACGAAGUCUUUUACUCAUUUCAUCAGGACGAGAUACCUGCUGCAUCGUUACUCCAUCCGUGUAAAGUCGCCUUCCUCCGUAAGGGUGUUGAACUUCCUUCAGGGAUACCCUCAUUUGUGUGUAGACGAGUGUAUGAUAUAAAAAAGAAGUGUCUAUAUUGGCUAACCGCGAAAAAUUAUCUUACUGAACGACAAGAAGAAGUAGACCAGCUAUUAGAUAAGACCCAAGUAGAAAUGGAUGGAGCAUUGCAGGGAGAAGGCCAUUCCCCCAAACCCUUGAGUGGUCCAAACGGAACAACACAAUUAAAAUCUAGUACAGAAAACGUACAAAAUAUUUCCUCCGUGCCAACACAAGUGAAGAGUAAGAAAAGAGAACACGGUAUUCAUAGUUCGGAUUCUGUCAAACGUGAGCGCUUAUCCAAAGCAGAUGAUUCAGAUUCGGCUCAAGUUAGACCUGAAAAUAUGUUAAAGACCGAGAUUAUUAAAUUUACAGAUAAAGGAGGUUUGGUAGAUUUCGAAGGGGUUGAAAAAUUAAUAGAGCUCAUGCGGCCUGAGAGUGCUGAGAAGAAGUUAGAUUUGGCGUGUCGAGUUAUGCUUGUUGAUGUUGUAUCAGUUACUGAUAAGUUUGACUGUCUUACUCGGUUUGUUCAGCGUAGGGGAUUACAUGUUAUAGAUGAAUGGCUUCAAGAGGUCCAUAAGGGGAAAAUUGGCGAUGGUAGUCCCAAAGCGACUGAUAAAUCCAUUGAUGACUUUCUCUUUGCUUUGCUUCGUGCACUUGACAAGUUACCUGUGAAUCUUCUUGCUUUACAGACGUGUAAUAUCGGCAAGUCUGUUAAUCAUUUACGCAGUCAUAAAAGUUCUGAAAUUCAGAAGAAAGCUAGGAGCCUAGUUGAUACAUGGAAGAAACGUGUAGAAGCUGAAAUGAAUGUUAUUGAGACAAGAUCUGGUACAAGACGAGGAGGUAGUUGGCCAAACAAAUCAAUGAUGUCUGACACCAAGAUUUCAACAUCACAGCCUUCUUCAUUGAGAGGUCAACAGGGUAAGCCCAAUGCUGGUGAGCCUAUUGCAAAAUCACCAGAAUCUCCUGGGUCUACGAAAUCUGCUAUACCUGUCACUGGCUCUUUGGGUGUGCCACAUGGGCCAAUUAAAGAGGAGAAGAGUAAUAGUUGUAGUCCAUCUGCAAACAAUGGUCAGUCCUGUUCUAGUGAGCAUGAUAAGACAGGGGUUUCUUGCAAGGAAGAUGCUCCCUCUACUUCUGGGAGCAUAAAUAAGAAUUCUAGUGGUGUUUCUCAUAGCAGGAAAUCAAGCACUAUGGCAGGUGUUCAGAAGGAAGGGGUUAUUGGGAAAUCUAGUUCUGGUAAAUGUUCGCCAAUGGGAGCUACACCUGAGGGAGCAGCUGAGACGUCUUCUGUUGAUAACACAAACAGCCAGAGAUUUAUAGUGCGGUUGGCUAAUACGGGACGGACCCCUGUUAGUGGGGGAACGUUAGAUGAUGCUUCUAGUACAUUUGGUAAGAGCUCUCCUAAGCAAGAUCAUCUUGAUAGGAGGACAAGGGGAAAAGGUGAUGCACCGCCGGACUUGUGUCAAGGAAAAGAAGGGACUGGUUCUGAUGAUGUUAAGAAGGGGAUUGUUAGUCCCACGGCUGAACCUGACCGGGAUGGUGAAGCUGUUGAGAAACAGACAGAGGCUGCCGAAGGUGCCGGCUCAGCUUCAGUUGGCACACUGAAAGCCGGGAAAUCGUAUGAAGCUUCUUAUAGUUCUAUAAACGCAUUGGCUGAAAGCUGUGCUAAAUUCCCUCAAGCUAGUAUGUCUGUGCCAGUUGGUGAUGAUGUUGGCAUGAAUCUGCUUGCUAGUGUUGCAGCCAGUGAGAUGUCUAGGUCUGAUGUCUCUCAGGGAGGUUCCCCUGAAAACAAACAGCUAUUACCCGCAGAUAAUCCAAAAGUGACCAAUGGGCAUGUUGAGAUGGAACAAGUUAGUUUUUCUGGAUAUAUGCCUGCAAAAGGUGGAUCUCAACGGCAUGUUCUUCCCGGUUCAGCUUCGGCGUUACCACAAAAUAUCAACAUGGCACUUGAUGUCAAGCCUGCUGCUUUGGUAGCAGAUAAGUCUGCUUCGUUAUCUUCUAUAGAUUCAACAAAUGCUGGUAAAGAGCGUGACGGGGUUGUUAAGUCUCAUGAUCCAGUUUCAAGUGUUUUACCUGAGACAAAGAGUAAUGAUGAAUCAACUUCUCUGUUGUCCUCUGAAAUGCCAGAGGACGAAAAUAAAUUAAAGCAGAAAGAACCGAUCAAGGAUUCUGAAUUGCCAACCACAUCUUGUGGUUAUAUGGGUUUAGGUCUGGAAGGUGACGAUAACGAAGACAGAAAGAUGGGGAGUCAUGCUACACAGAGCGUGAAAACAGGUAUGGAUCCUGAUUCAUCUGUUUCGCAUCAAACUAAUGAACAUGCUAAAGAAAAUAAAGAAAAAAAUGAGGUCCUUUUAUCUGGUGUGCCGGUUCCGCCUGGCAAAUCAUCUGUAGUCCAUGUGCAAGAAGACAGAGCCGAGGGGGAUAGCUCUGAGCAACAUACUUCUAGGGCGGUUUCAACCAUCUCUGUACCGGUGUCAGAAGUGGCGGUUAAACUUGAUUUUGACUUGAAUGAACUUCUCCCUAGUGAUGAUGGCAUCCAGGGAGACGUUGAAAGGUCUUCAGUUCCAGGACGAUUUUCUGCUGUUCAUACACCUUCUGCAAUUACUGUAGCCGCUGCUGCCAAGGGACCGUUUUUCCAUUCUGAUAGUCUCUUAAGAGGUAAGGCUGAGCUUGGGUGGAAAGGAUCUGCUGCUACUAGUGCAUUCCGUCCAGCAGAGCCCCGGAAAGUCAUUGAUGCCCCUGACAAUACUGCUAGUAAGCAGACUCGUGCUCUUCUCGACUUUGACCUGAAUGUUGGUGUUCUCGAGGAUGUCGGUCAGAACAAUAACGGAGCUCCUAGUGGUGGGGGUGGACUUGAUCUGGAUCUAAAUGCAUGUGAAGAGAGUCCUGAAGUUGGUCCCUUGUCAGUCAACUUUGGUAGAGUGUCCAUCCCACACCUGCCUUCUAGGUCACACUUUUCUGGUAGGUUUUCUACCCCAGAGCCAAAUUCUUCAAUGGGAUUUGACCUGAACAAUGGACCUUUAGCGGAAGAAGUUGGUGUUGAAUCGACACCACUUUCCAGAAACGGUAUGCAGUUUCUCUCUAAUGUUCCAAGUAUAAGAAUGAAUAAUAUGGACAUGGGGACCAUCUCUUCAUGGUUUCCACCAAGCAGUGCAUAUCCAGCAGUUGUUCCUGGUAGAGGGGAGCAGAGUUAUCCCAUGGUUCCUGGUGCAGCAUCUUCAUCACAACGAAUGUUGAAUCCUGGUACCUCAUUCAAUCCUGAAAUCUUUAGGGGGCCUGUCUUAUCAUCUUCCCCUGCAGUUGGAUAUUCAUCUACUACGCCAUUCCAAUUCCCGGGUUUCCCUUUUGAAACCAAUUUCUCUAUGCCUCCAAAUACUUACCCUGCCGUAUCAACAGCAUAUGUGGGUUCAUCUGGUGGGCAAAUCUGUUUUCCGACAAUUCCCUCGCAGUUGGUGGGACCUAGUGGUGUGGUUUCGACACCUUAUAGGCCAUAUGUAGUGAGUUUACCUGGCGGGUCAGGUAACAUUGGCCCUGAUAAUAGAAAAUGGGGAAGCCAGGGUCUAGAUCUAAAUUCAGGUCCCGGAGGUGCCGAUUUGGAGCCUUCAGGGUUUAGACAGCUUCCUCUAGCUGGUUCUCAAAGUGUUACUGAGGAGCAGCUGAAGAUGUUUCAACAGAUGGCAGCUGGCGGGGGUGGGAUUUUAAAGAGGAAGGAGCCUGUAGAUGGCUGGGAUGGAGAUAGGAUGGGCUACAAGCAUCAUCCGUCAUGGCAGUAGGGAGUAAUAUGAUUCAUUUUUCAGCGACCGCCUUGAUAUCUGGUUUUAUGGCCAACCCCUGUGUGGCUGCCUGUUUUACUCUCGGGAGUGGAUUUGAUGGGCUGUCUGAUUAUUGCUCUUCCACCAUGCUGUGAUUCUCAGUGGGUAGAUCACCCUAUUCAGGGUAAAGGCAUUCUGUUGCUGGUUGAAGAGAGUGGCCACCAAAGAUGCAUUUCGCGUGUAGAUAUUUAACAAACUCCUAAAGUCCAACCACAAAAUUAGAGACCUUUUGGGAGGGUGUCUUGGUUAGGUUGAAGUAGUUUUACUUUUCUUGCUGCUGUUUCCAUACUACACAGCCUACAUCUACUGUACCAUCAUUAACUGCCAAAAUUUUGGUAUUAUAUAUUCCAUUGACCAACAUGCUUACUUUGCA